CAGUACUUUACUUCCAAUUCCACACAGCUCAGGAGCACAGUGACACUGCCUCUGUACUCACUACUGCUGACAUCCCAGUUAAUUCCCACAGACUCAUACUAUAAAGUAAUAGUCAUGGAGGAAUUAGAUUAUCAUGUGACUUUCCCAACCAACUUUUCAAAAAGCAGGGAAGUUUCAGAUGUCUCUGAAUCUGAUGUUAGAAGUAGAUCCAUCACUGGUGAUAUGAGGACAGUUCCUGUCAUUGUUCUGCUUGGAUGGUAUGGUUGCCAGGACAAGCACCUUGCAAAAUACAGUUCAAUUUACCAGUCGAAAGGCUUCAUCACUAUGCGCUACACUCUGCCACACGACUACCUUUUCUCAAUUAAAAAGAGCUCCACCAGGGAUGUGGCUCUCAAGCUCUUGGAAGCUUUCUUUGACCUAGGCCUCCAAGAAAAUCCCAUCUUCUUCCACGUUUUCAGUAAUGGCGGCGGAUAUGUGUACAGGCACAUAACAGAGACAGUGAAUGGACCAAAUCCUGGUCAGUGUGCUGCACUUAAGAUCACAGGAGUCCUAUGUGACAGCAUGCCAUCGUAUCCAACGGCAACCUCGGCUUUCCGUGCGAUUGUUACAGCGAUGCCUCAGUCACAACACUGGUUCAUCUUGUACGUCAAGUCUCUUGGGGUUUGGAUUUUCUUCAUGGUGCUCACGCUCAUUUCUUAUAUACGGAAGGGAGGAACGUCCGACCAAGGAACCUACUACAGAGCAAUGCUUGCUGACAAAAUGCAGUGUCCACAGCUGUUUUUGUAUUCAAAGAAAGAUGCGAUUGUCCCUUACAAGGAUAUCCAGGGAAUAAUUAAAGAAAGACGUCAUAGAGGGUUUGAUGUGCAGGAGGUAGUAUGGGAGGACUCGGAUCACGUUGCUCAUCUUCGAAAACAUCCUGAGGAGUAUGUUGCUGCUUGCCUGAAGUUUGUGAAAGACUGCUUGGAGAGGGUUGAUUGAGAGAUGUAGGAGCACUUUGGGAGAGGGGGUGGGGGAGUGACACCCCAUUUAAAACUUUAAAGUUUGGCAUGU